UCCUCCUCCCAGCGUAUGGACUGCGCUGUUCCUCCACUCGGAGUGUGUAUCAUUGCCCAUGUAACUGCCACAAAAAUGCCAAGCUUUCAACGACAUGAAGAGGAGAAGUUCUUUGUGAAUGCUGAAGGCAAGAAGGAAUCUGUACCAAGCAUACAUGACCCACCUACAAAGGAGCUCUCUGUUGUUGUGCCUUCAUACAAUGAGGAAGACCGGUCACAAGAUGACAGCAGUGGAGUCAUUAGCUCCUAUCCCACUCAUUUUAGGAAAACCUCCCCAGUACCUCUUAUGAUGGAUGAAGCAUUAGACUAUCUGGAAAAAAGACAGGAACAGGAUCCUUCAUUCACUUAUGAAGUAAUAGUGGUUGAUGAUGGUAGCAAAGAUCAAACCACAAAGGUCGCACUGAGGUACUGCAAGAAAUAUGGGAGUGAUAAAGUGCGAGUUCUUACAUUAGUAAAAAAUUGUGGGAAAGGUGGAGCUGUCAGGAUGGGCGUCUUCAGUUCUCGAGGGAAAAAAAUUCUUAUGGCUGAUGCAGAUGGAGCGACAAAAUUUGCAGAUAUUGAGAAAGUAGAAGAGGGCCUUAGUAAUCUCCAGCCAUGGCCAGACCAAAUGGCUAUAUCUUGUGGCUCUCGUGCUCAUUUGGAAAAGGACUCAAUAGCACAGCGCUCUUAUUUCCGAACGCUUCUAAUGUAUGGGUUCCACUUCCUCGUAUGGUUCCUCUGUGUCAAAGACAUCCGGGACACACAGUGUGGAUUUAAACUGCUAACCAGAGAAGCUGCCUCACAGACCUUCUCAGUUCUUCAUAUAGACCGCUGGGCAUUUGAUGUGGAACUUCUUUACAUUGCUCAGCGCUUGAAAAUACCUAUAGCAGAAGUUGCUGUCAACUGGACUGAAAUUGAAGGUUCUAAGCUGGUUCCCUUUUGGAGCUGGCUGCAGAUGGGCAGGGAUCUUCUUUUUAUACGACUACGAUAUUUGACUGGUGCCUGGCAGCUUGAAACAAGGAAAUAUAAUUAAGUUAUAUACAUUCUCCAAAUGCAUUAUAAUGCGUAAUGGAACGUGAAAGUGGUUUCAAUGAAGUGAAAUGUUGAGGAAAGCUGAGGUAACUCUUCAUUGCUCUUAUGUACUGCAUUUUUAUAAUAUUUUAUAACAUUGCCAACACUAGCAAGUUUCUGAGCUGUUCUGAAAGAAAGGACGUCUUCAAAAAGAAGAGUUUUUGCAUCUUGGCAUCAGUUGCCUUUUAUUAGCAGCUUUAAAUUUCUUAUGUUAACUCACCCAAAUAAAGAGACAAUCAUCUCAUUGUACAUGUAGAAUUCCUAUUACUGCAAUGGAAUUGCACACACAUUGAAAGGACCAUAUCCUAUGAAGUGCAAUGUACUAUCAUGUCUGUUUUGGAUGACCAAAGCCAAAUAUUUCUGUUGUAGCUGAAAAUACAUAGAUGAGUGCCAACUGGGAACAGAUAAGAAUGAUAUUAUAUGUAUUUAGUUUAAUCAUGGUUGCUACUAUAAAAGUAAUGUGCUUAAAGCAGUUUCAAAAACUAUUGGCAACCUUCUGACAUUCCAGUUGUUCUUGUCUGCAAUAUAAAUAGUUUGUCCGAGCUCUUAGUUCAUAUUGUCUCCACUGACUGUAGAAGUCCCAAAAGAAAGCAUGAUUCAUUUUAAAAUGUUGUCUCAUUCAUUUGAUUUGUCCUUUCAGACAGAUACUGUGAGUACUGAAACUUUCACCUGUGGUAGCAAGGAUAGGGAAAAGUAGUUUUGGGUGUAAAAGAAUGAUAUCUAGGGUUAGAGAGGACUGUACAUUGUGUGGUCACCUUUUUGUUAUGAAUUUCCAACUAGGUUUAUAAAGACCUUUUAGAGGUAGGUUUUCUACUGAUAAAAUGCCUUAACCUCUCUUGGAACAUAAC